AUGGCAAUACUAGAUAGAUUCUUCGCCAAUGGUGAAACCUCAAACAAACCAUCAAUAACUCAACAAAUAGAAGGAAAGGGGUUUGAAAUUAGUACUUGCUCAGAAACAUGCGAUAACUGUACAGCAACAUUUCCCAAAUCUAUUAAAUAUGAAGAAUCAGAACCAUUGUGGCAUUCAACAAAACCAUAUGGUUUGCAUUUGAACAUAGCCACUGGUAAAACGGAUUGGCCGCAUGAUGCUACUGGGACUGUGGGCACCUUAUCCAACGCAAUAGCUAACUGGGCCUCACAACAUGCAAAUAUGACCAAAUUAGGUAAUAUCAAAGUAUCAUGUUGUUCUCUUGGUGGUGAUUUACUCUUCACCGAUGAUGAGUAUGCUAAAGAGCAAAAGGGUGAUAUUUUAAUUUUACCCCAUUUCUUAUGGCUUCGAGGUGUUUCCAUACUGCAAGUUGAUGAAGUCUUCACUACAUUGCUCGAUUUGCUUGUACGGGAACCUAAACCUGCAACGAUUGAAGAAUUACAAACGGCGAUUCCACAACUAAGUAUAGAUGAAAACAGAGCAUAUGUGUUUUUUUGCUCUCACAGAACAAGAGAUAAGAGAUGCGGAAUUACUGCACCAAUCAUGAAGAAGGAACUUGAUCUAGUUCUUCGAGAAAAGGAAUUAUAUCGAGAUUAUGGCGAUAAAACACCCGGUGGUGUUCAAGCAGCGUUUGUUAACCAUGUUGGCGGACAUAAAUUUGUCGCUAAUGUUAUAAUUUACUUAAAACCCAAUGGAAAGAAUAUUUGGUUGGGGUUGUGUAAGCCGAACAAUGUCAGACAGAUUGUUGAUGAAUGUAUCUUGGCUGGUGGAAAGGUGUGGCCUGAUAAAGUUCGAUUGGUGCAGAAAUUCAACCCUGUUGAGUGGUAA